CCGGCCAUCAUUCCAUGAUCCCAUGGCCGUCUUGUCGUCGACGUGAGUCAGAUCAGCAUUUUCCUGCCACUGCAAGGCGCAAAGAAGUGGCACGUUUCAAUCCUGGAGCAGGUCGGAAUGUGGCACUCUGUUACUACGGUGUAGUGUGCUGAGUGCUCCGUUUCUGCAAAGCUUGGGGUCAUAUCAUUGAACUUGAAGGCUUCUCGAGGCGCUUGAAACGUUUUUUUUCAAUACCGAAGCAAAUGUUGCACGCUUGCCGGCUACAAUUGACCACCGGAGUCAUUGACCCGUAGCUUGAAGGACAGUGCACACCUCAAAGGUUUCUCCUUCUGAGGCCGCGCAAUAAGAUGCGCUCGGUUAGACCCCUUUUGCCGCGCAAUUUUCGGGUAGGGAACGCUAUUCUUUUAGAGCGAUAAACAACUCCGUUAGCCGCAGACUCUCUUUUGUAAAGCAUGUCCCGUGUCUCGUCCGCUGUGGCCCACGCAGGGAGAUCCGAGGGGCCUCACACACAGACCGAUGAUCACGACCAAGGACGAACCACAUACCCUGGAUCAUGAGUCAGUCGUAGUGCAGCGUCCGCCCCCUCAAACCCCUCUGAAUGGCCACCUGCAAAAGGCGUUUGUGGCCAACGGCCAAAUUACAGAGCUCGGCCUUCCGGGAACUCCGGAUGGAAUUGAAGAUGAGUUGCCGGAUUCCUCUGUGCUUCCAGAGCACCAUCCAAUCAUUAGCAGUGUUCCCCACGGGGACCCCCCUCCCCCACGGCUCGCAUUUGAGACGCCAGAGACUUGCCCUUCUUCGCCGACGAGAGCUGGAAAGCUACCCCCACUGCCAGAACCUGUUUUCCUCAAGCCAGUACCGCCCGCACCGGUUGGGGGUUUGGCAAGUCCCAGCUCAAUUGCAGAGAACGGGUCCAGACACAUUUCGGAAGCGGUUGGGGGCGCACGGAAUGUGCCGCGCAGCGGCGCAGGCGCAAAAACCGGUGUUUUGGCUGCUGUACGGUUUGCAGAGGCGGGGAAGAAGAAGGUCUCGUGGCCGGACCUCCAUGGGUCAUCACUGAUUGCUGUGCGGGAGUUUGAGGCGAGCGACUCUGAGCUGAGCGACUCGGAGGGGGACGAUGAUGAUAGUGAGGGCUCCCAGAGUUGCGCCUGCGUGAUCCAAUAAGUGGCCUGACAAAGAAGAUAGUCAGUUCAAUCCAGCGGGAAGGCCAGGUAACAGAUUCGAAGAUAGUCAGUUCAAAAAGGUAGUUCGUCUUCAGCUCUGAAACCGGAUCAUCAGAUCAAGAGGGCUAAAGUCGUCUGUGGGGUGGCCUUUCAAGAGGCCCGUGCAUUUGUAUCAGUAUACCGUAGCCCAGUUGUUUGUCACUUUCGUAGCACCUACAAGGGUGGGGGGUUGUGGUCCACAGUUCAUCGGGAUAUGUUAGCAGAACGGUUUUGCUUUCUGUGCCGUCAAUCCUGUUGCAUACAACCUCAACUGUGUGAUGCUGCUUUCGGGAACACGAGCCAAUAGUCCCACUGAGGGGUUUCAGUGCAACAGAAGCUCGUGUACCUGACGCAGCCAGCUCUGAGGGAUUCAACAUCGAAGCCGCCAGCUUGGUCCGCCCAGAGCUGCUCCAUCAUCGCAGAGACAACUUUUUGUAUAGUCACUCGGACUCUUGUUGCUCACAGAUUCAAUGUCGAGCCUCGGAGCUCAUUGAAU